GGCUUCGCGUUUUGGCGCCAAAGCGGGGCGACGGCGGAGGCGGUGUCUGAGCCGAGCGGCAGGAGCUGCAGGAACUCGGGCUGUGGUCCUGGGACCGCGGGCGUUUGUUUGGGAGCCUCGGGUGCGUAGGAGCCGGCACGUCCGCCAUGCUCUGCGAGAAGGCCAUGGAGCUGGUUCGGGAGCUGCACCGCGCGGCCGAGGGACAGUUGCCGGCCUUCAAUGAGGAUGGACUCAGGCAAGUUCUGGAGGAGAUGAAAGCUUUAUAUGAACAAAACCAGUCUGAUGUGAAUGAAGCGAAGUCAGGUGGACGAAGUGAUUUGAUACCAACCAUCAAGUUUCGACACUGUUCUUUGUUGAGAAACCAGCGCUGCACUAUAGCAUACUUGUAUGACCGAUUGCUUCGGAUUAGAGCACUCAGGUGGGAGUAUGGCAGUGUCUUGCCAAAUGCCUUACGAUUUCACAUGUCUGCUGAAGAAAUGGAUUGGUUCAAUCAUUACAAAAAGUCCCUUGCUACCUACAUGAGGUCACUGGGAGGAGAUGAAGGCUUGGACAUCACACAGGAUAUGAAACCUCCCAAAAGCCUAUACAUAGAGGUGCGGUGUCUAAAAGACUAUGGCGAAUUUGAAGUUGAUGAUGGUACUUCAGUCCUAUUGAAAAAAAAUAGCCAGCAUUUUCUACCUCGUUGGAAGUGCGAGCAGCUGAUUAGACAAGGCAUUCUGGAGCAUGUGCUGUCAUAACCUCACUCGCCCAUUGCCGCCAAGGCCCCACCCUGUGGUACGAGGGUGGAGCCACCCAAGGACACUUCUCCACUUCUCCCAGGCCCAGUGCCCUUGCCCUUUGGUUUUAAAAGUUACAGAUAUUCUUUAAGAUAACCAGGGAUGCUUGGCAGAGGAGCAUGGUUGGUUUUUCUUUUUUCAUUUCAUUUGAACCUUAGUUUCUCUUUAAUUUCCAAAUAGAAUUCCAUAACUUCCCAUGGUAAACAUAUUUUUGAAUCUAUGUUGUAUGCUUUGGUCAUGAGAUUUGAAUUCUUGCCCUUGAGAGGCUCCACAUCCCACCUGCUGUCCAUAGCCCUCGAGGCUGGGAAGUCCAAAAUCAAGGCUCUAGCAGAUUCUGCCCAAAGAGAGUGCUUCCUGGUUCGUAAACCACCACCUUCUCACUCUGUCCUCGCAAGGUAGGAGUGGUUUCUUUUCCUCUUGUACAGAAUUCUCCUGUGUGUGGUAAUUUUUGUCUAUAAUCACAACAUUACUACAGUUCCUAAAA